GUAGCAUUCCCUUCACGCUGAUUUUCGCGGCGUUGGAGUUGUCAGUGAAACGGAAACAAGAAGCUAACCUGAGGGUUUUCUUUGCUCUGAAACAUCAAACAUGGAGCAUUUUGUAUCAACUGUGAAAACUCUCACAGAGAACCUGCUGCAGACACAGAUGCCAGAUUUUGAUGAGGCCAUUGAGAAACUCUUCUCUAAAGUGUCUGGAUUAGAUGUUUUGUCAAAAAUACCACAUUCACAGCUUGAAGAGUGUGCCAUCCAGUUGUGGAACUGGUCGGUGACCAAAAACGCCGGUGGUGCUCUGAGUAAAGUUCAAAAAGCCAAAGUUCGUCAUGUCGCAUGCAGUCUGCUUUACUGCUGUGAACCUGAGAAUCCAACAGAGGGCGCCAUCCGCAAGCAGAUCCUGAUGGCCAGCAAAACGGGCAGAACCUGGCUGGACUGCAAAAAUCCCCAGAUGGCAGAUCAUUUCUUGAGGCUUGCUGUCAAGAGCCUGGAAACCCUCUACAGCCAGCUGAUGUCCAGAGGCGACGCAGCGGCCAACAUUACUUCCUCCAAGGCGGAUGUGGAGAAGGACCUGCUUCGAAUUCUGUCAUACCAGGCAGAGUCGGCCGUAUCCCAAGGGAAUAGCGGAGAAGCCAAGGUCUACAUGCAGCGAUGUAAAGACAUGCUGCAGCGGAUACCGAAAGAUACGGCGUACCUCUCCCUCAUGUGCUACAACUUUGGUGUAGACACCUAUAAUCUGAGGAAGUAUGAGGACAGUACUUUCUGGUUGAGCCAAAGCUACGACAUCGGUAAAACGAGUGCAAAGUACGGCCCUGGACCAGACGUUCUGGCCAAAGCUUUGCGUCUGCUUGCUACAGUUUAUCUAGAGUGGGACUGUCAGAGGUUUCAGGAGAAGGCGCUCAAUGCCGUCAUCUUGGCCAACAAGGAGUGUGUGAGCACAUCUGGGCUGUAUUUAAAGAUAAGAAUCCUCCUGAGAUCCGAGGCCUCAGACAAUCACAUCAGAGCAGGACUUGAUGAGAUGCUGGAAUCACAAGUUCCUCUUGAAGUCUGUCAGAGCGCAGUGAAACUUCUCAUGUCUGAAGACAGAGAAAUGCUGGCGUUUGAGUAUUUGAAGUGUGUGUGUCAGCACUUUGGCUCGUCCCCUGACCUGGGCGCUGCUCUUGUGCUGCACGUUGAGCUGCUGCUGCAGAGAAACAAAGAGCUGCUGGCCAAACAGAAGAUAGAAGACAUCAUCACUGGCCACUACAGUGGUAAACAGCUCACUCCAGAUGCGCUGACCAGUUUGCAUGUCAUACUGUGGGAUCAGGCGUCAAAACAUUUUGAGGCUGGUAACUAUGCAGAGGCUCUACAGUGGUAUAACUACUCCUUCAGCUUCUUCAAGGCAGGUCAGAUGGAGCCAAAUCUAGCCAAGCUGCAGAGGAACAGAGCGUCCUGCCUGCUGCAUCUGCAGCAGUUAGAAAAGGCUAAAGAAGCAAUUAAAGAAGCAGAAAGGUCUGAUCCUGAGAGUAUCUUCACUCAGUUCUGCAUUUACAAGAUUGCUGUUCAGGACGACAACGUACAGAAAGCUGUAGAGGCAUUGAAUGCGAUGGGAGUCCUGUCCAAGUCGCCUGUAUCCAGCGAAGACAGGCUGCUGCUAUCAGAGAGCGCAGCUUCCUGUCUCCUCUGUCUGGCAGCUCAGAUUGCUCUGGAGAAUGGAAGACAGGAAACUGCAGUGAAAGCUCUGGAGGUUUUAUGUGAGAACUCAAAAGACGAAGCUCACGUUCUGAUGGGUCUUAGGUGUUUGGUCCGACUCGUGUUCUCCUCAGCAGAAAACUCAGCUGAUCAGUUGAGGGAUGUGAAUCUGGACAAACUCCUGCCGUAUCUGAAACAGGCUCUGCACACAAUUUCACACCAGUCUCAUAUGACUGCUGAGCAGCGCGCUGAGGACGCUAACUGGUUCAGAAAGAUUGCCUGGAACUCGGCUCUGCAGUGCGAGAGCAGACCUGACGGAAUGAGGGAUUUCUUUGUGCUGUCCUACCAGCUCUCCCUGCUGUGCCCUCCUGACCGCGUUCUGCUCAUGGGCCAGAGGACGUCUCUGCUGAUGGCAGCUGCUGCCUCUUUGGAGCUCUGCAGGAAGUCUCCUCACUCCACCCAGGCGGAGGAUCUCACUCUGGCUCUGGAGCACAUUCAGGCCUGUUGGGAGGUCUGCAAAACCCUGAAAGCAUCAGGCAACCUUCCAGCGGACCCGACGGACUCCCUGCUGCUGCUGUACGAGUUCGAGGCUCGUGCAAAGCUGAGCGAUCCGAAGGUGGAGACGAUUCUGGAGUCUGUCCUAGAGCUGGAACAUGUUGAAACCAAAGUGUUGGAGACCAUGGCAGGCUUAGCCAUGGAGCCUCCAGCCCACUUCCCUCAGCUCUGCAAGAUGGCCCUGAGAGCCGCUCUCUCCCUGCACAGGAAGCAACCCCAGGCCGACCCGACGCACUGCAGUAAGUACGUCCACAGCCUGAUCAAGCUGUCCCUGCCGAGCGGCGUGUCCGAGGUGGAGAGCCGCGUGCUGCAGGAGCUGUGGGAUUAUUUCGAGGACGCUCUGUCCAUCAUCUCAGCCGCGCCGGACGGCUUUCCAGAGAUGGAGACGCUGUGGCUGCUGACUCAGGCGUGGAACGCCGGGAUUCUGCUGUACAGCCUGGCCCAGUACCACGAAGCCGAGAAGUGGUGCGGCCUCGCCAUGAGCUUCAUCCGACACCUGGGGUCUCUGCGGGAGAGCUACGAGAUGCAGAUGAGUGGGCUCUACAGUGAAAUCCUGGACAGACUGGACAAAGCGAAGAAAAACAUCCACACAGAGGAGUAAAACGCUCAGUUCUUCUCACCUCGAUGUUCUGUGUUGUGAAGGAGAACCUAGCAGGUUCAUCCCAUCAGUUUGUUACAGGUAAAAGUUCUUUACGUUCAAAUAUCCGGGCUUCCUGGAAGACGACAGUAUUUAUUACAGCUUGAUCUGUUCAGAAAGUUUGCCGACGAUUUUUCAUUCAUUUUCUAGUGAACUAUUAAACCCUCCUGUUUUUUUCCCAUAUCUUUGUCUGAAUAUAAAUUCCAUAAAAACUUGCUAGAUUUUGUAUUUUGAAUGAAAUGUAAUAGUAUUGUUUUAUAUGCAUAUUAAUGUUUCCAUUUGAAGUUUUUUUGUCCUGUUGACUCAUUUAACAAACUUUUUUUUAAAUCUAGCUUUACUUUUCAUUCCUUUGUGUUCAAAUGCCCUAUAAAUUUCAUGCUCUGUUUCCCAUCUGGUGGCAAAGUGUGGAGAAAUGUUAACUUUUAAAACUUCACGCAAAACAUUUGGUUAUAAUUGGUGUUUCUACCAAUUAUAUUGAAGGCCAAAAGGGACAACAUUUUAAAAAUACAUAAUUAAAUCAGGAAUAAAUGCAACAUUGAAAUAAAGGUUUAAUUUAAUGUUUUACAAUUUAUGUAUAAAAUCUCAUUAAAUGAUUAAAAUCCAAACUACAGACCAGUUUUAGCACCGCCCCUUGACUUUGAUUGGUGAGUUAACAGAAAAUUAAAUAUCUUCAUCCACAAUUGUAAGUUUGUAUUUUAACCAUUUAAUGACAUUUAUUAAAUGGUAAAAUUAAGCAUUUAUUUAAAGUUAUGUUUAACUAAAUGUAACAUGCAAUUAAAUUAACUGCAGUAUCUAUUAAACUAUUUAUUUCAUGGUGCAUUUUUUUUAUGAUUUAAUUAUAUAUUUGUUUAAUUUUGUCCCUUUUGGCCCUCCAUACACACAGGAUGGAAAACGUAUAUCAAUACACAAUGUUUCUAUGGCAUUAUUUAUAGGAGCUUCUUUUUUGUGUCUAAAGGACAAACAAUUUUGCCUAAAUAUUAAAAAUUGAUCGAUGUUGCAAACAUUUGACUCCCCUAAAACAUUGCAUUUUUAUAGGGGAAAAAAGGAAGAGAAAAACAAAACUAAUCACUAAAACCAUCAUUUAAAGGCUUACAAAUUUGAAAAAUACAUUAUUUAUGUUCCUUAGACUUAUUAUUUCUAUGGCCAAAAUAAAACGAACCCCAAGGGUUUAAAAUUUGCACUUGAUUGCCCGAGCCACUUAAAGCAGAAUGACAAGCACAUCAAGAUUAUAACUGAGUCACAUAUUUUAUUUUCAAACAAAUAAACUCUCGUCAAGUCCCAAAAUAAAACCCAAACAAAAAAAGUUGCAGGACCGCGUUCCCUCAUGACUAGGACAGGGAAGACCAUGAGGCCGAGUGUCCUGAUAGGCUGUACCACCUGCAGUGACAGGAAGGAAACUACUGUACAAUCAAAGGGUUCAUGUUUGCAAGCACUUACUGCACAAUGUGCCAGAACAGAAACAUAUCAUCACCCCAAAAGUACAAACAAAAAGAAAAAGAAAAGCCUGAGCCCCCUCCCCGACCCCUUCCCCCCAUAAAAUAAAAUAAAAUAAAAAUAAAACGCAUCAUGUCUCUCAUCAGAACGUCCCUGGCCAGUUAUACACACACAGAUGCGUUCAGGUACCGUUAACCUCAAUGGAAAUAGGAGUGAUAUUGAGUUCUUUGGGCUUUGACGCGGCUGACCGAGGUAUGAGUACACACGUUAUUAACAGUCAGCUGGAUGUCCGCUGAACACCAGAGAGGACCGACUUUAAGCGUCUAACGAUGGAGGGUUCCGCCUGCAUUGCUUUUAUUUUACAUCUUCUUUUUUGGAUCUAUACACCCAGACAAGAAAUCCCACGUAGACAGUUCCCUACUCCAGGGAACUGGAUCCCCGUCUCGCUAGCUAACCGUUCCCAUGAGAAAUACUGACGUUGCAGCACAUUUUCGAACGGAGCUUGAAGCUCAGGAGUAGCUCAGACUUUUACUUACCUGACGUCUGCGGUCUAUAAAACCUGUCUGUCCGAGUUCGAGUCACACAUGCAUGAAGCACAGGUGAGGAGGGGACGUGUGGGGGAGGGGCUUAUUUACAUUGUUCAGCUACCACACCGUUUUGAAACAGUCUGCAAGCAGUUUAUAAAUGGCUCUGUUCCCUUCGGUUAUUCCCUGAACUCUGGUUUUGACACAGGUAAUGACAGCUGGUUAAGCAGUGGUGCCUGGCAGGCGGGCACACCUGAUAGGGAAAAAAACGCCCGCAGGUGUACAGGUGCUGUGUGAGCAGGAGAAAGAGAGAGAGAGAGAGAGAGAAAGAGAGAAGGGGGAUCCCCAGACGUCUGGCUUCCAGUCGAGUUAAACGCAGAAGAAUUAAAAUAUAAAAAACUAAAAGGCUGAGAGGGUUCAGAGGUCUUGGGUCACGGUUUCGAUCGUUUUCAAUGUCGAGAUGCGAGUCCUGCAGGAGAGAAGGCGAUGAUGUCCAAUUAAACAUGGAGCAGGAGUGGCCCUCUUUUAGUAAUCCGGCAUCACCUCUAAGAGCUCAACACAGUGGUUCAGCAUCAAGAAGGUUUACAGAUACACAAAGCAUAAAAAGAUUUACUCAAACCCAACUUUAGUGUUUUCUCAUUUUGGCAGAGGGGGGACAAUUCAAAAACAGGUUAUACUGACUCUUUAAUUGUUAGAACAUCCAAUACAAUUAUUGUCUUGUUCUACCCGUUUUUAAGGCCGCCACACACAGCGGCAGCAGCUGAUAGGACAGUACCAUGUGACCAAUCAGAAGUGAAUCGUCCUGGAAGGCAGAGAGUGUAAUGGGGUCGUCUACUGCUCAACAUGAGUCGGGAGGCUCUACCUGUCUGGAUUGGAAAAAGCCAAAUUGUUUGAUUACACACAAAAAA